AAAACUUGUACCGGAAAUGUAGAGUAUAAGGAAGUUGACGAAGUUGCCUCCGUCUGGUUUGUGAUUCACAAGCUGGUGGAAGUCUGGAUUCAUUUAUUAAUCAUUAUUACUAUAUUCUGUAGUCAAUGCUCUAACAGAACAUGUCAGUCUAUAUCCAUGAUGGUUAAUUUUGUUUGACGUUGAAUGUUGCUGAUCGUCGUCAAGUGUUAGAAAUCAACUAUUUGGUUGGAAUAUCGGACAAUAUUAUCGAUCACUAAUCGAAGACAGAUUGUUUCAAUGACAAGGGGAUUGACGCCACGAUGGAGACCAUCCGUGCCCGUUUCGGCUUCAGGGAUAAAGACGAAACUGUCAAACUGAGGAAACGGAAAUCCCAGCUACACAACAAUGUGGUUAACGAGGGCUGGUUGACUUUCGGCAUCACCGCCUUCUCGGUGGUGUUCCGGCUGGUCAACUGCUCCCUGGUCCAGACCAGCUUCGUGCCUGAUGAGUACUGGCAAUCCUUAGAAGUCUCCCACUACAUGGCCUUUGGUUACGGCUAUCUGACCUGGGAGUGGCAGACCGGUCUCAGAGGGUUCAUCUACCCGCUGUUCUUUGCCUCCAUUUACAAAACUCUGCACUUCAUCGGCUUGGACUCUGUGACUGUGCUGAUAUGGUUUCCCAGAGUCAUGCAGGCCCUGCUUGCGUCUGCGGCCGAUGUGAAGAUGUACUUCUUCACCCGAUCGAUGGAGAAUCCUCAUGUGGCAAAAUGGACGUACUUCUGCCAGCUGUGCUCCUGGUUCACCUGGUACUGCUGCACCCGGACCCUGAGUAACACCAUGGAGACCACCCUGACCAGCCUGGCCCUCACCUACUACCCCCUCCCGGGCUCCAAAGCACACCACAGGUCAGAGCCCAGAACACCGCACAGUAAGAAGUAUCUGACGCUGGUCGCCAUGGCGAUCGUGAUCCGUCCCACGGCGCUGAUCGUCUGGCUCCCGCUGCUCGUCUCCCACUUCCACCGGGAGGAGGGCCGGCUGUGGCUCAUCACCCACCGCUGCCUCCCCAUAGGGGCUCUUACCCUCGUGAGCUCAACUGUAAUCGACUGCCUGUUCUACGGCAAGUGGACCCUGGUGCAGUACAACUUCCUGCGGUUCAACGUGCUGCACGGUCUGGCCGCGUUCUACGGCUCGCACCCCUGGCACUGGUACCUCAGCCAGGGCUUCGCCGCGGUCGUCGGGCCCCACCUGCCCUUCUUCCUCUACGGCUGCUCGCUGGCCUCCAGACGCUACAGGGUCCUGCUGGUCACCAUCGUCUGGACCCUCACGGUGUACAGCUUUCUCCCACACAAAGAGUUCCGGUUCAUCUACCCCGUGCUGCCCUUCUGCAUGCUCUUCUGUGGGAUGUCGCUGGCCCACCUGAAGGCCCGGAGGCGGGCGGCGGCGGGGGUGCUGCUGGUGGCCAACCUGCUCCCAGCGCUCUAUACCGGCCUGGUUCACCAGCGGGGGGCACUGGACGUCAUGACCCGUCUGCAGGAGCUCUGUGAGCCCCCCGGCCCCGCGGGCUCCCCCAGCCCCGAGGUCCUGUUCCUCAUGCCCUGUCACUCAACCCCCUACUACAGGUACUGUCACUCCUCACCCUGUCACUCAACACCCUACUACAGGUAGUCUGUCACUCCUCACCCUGUCACACAACACCCUGUUACUCCUCACCCUUUCACUCCUCACCCAUCUUCAGGUAGUCUGUCACUCCUCACCCUGUCACUCCUCACCCUUCUACAGGUAGUCUCUGUGACUCCAGACUCUACAGGUUGUUUCUCUGGGGGUUCUGUGAUAGGACUGGUUGCUCUCUGUGUUAUCUAUUCCACAAAGUAGAGUCCAUCAUUCAGUUCGUCUGUGUGUGCUCCUUAUGUUUUUUCUGUGUGAUUACACCUCCACCAGGGAUUAUAUAUGAUCGGUCUUACUUGAAAUACUAGAAAACAUGAGUAAAAAAAGAUGACAAAUAGUUUGACAUCUAAUCCUUUCCUC